AUCUUAAUUACUUGUAAAAUAAGCAAGUUAGUUGCAGGCAAUCAAGUGAAUAUGCCAACCUCAAGCGCUUCUUCUGUAGUCGCGACCAAGCCACUGACCAAAGAAGAUCUGAUUUCCUAUUUUGCUUCUGGAUGCAAACCAAAGGAAAUGUGGAGAAUAGGUACAGAACAUGAGAAAUUCGGUUUCGAGGUCAAGACUUUGCGCCCUAUAAAAUAUGAACAAAUAACUGCAUUGCUUAAUGGUAUUGCUGAUAGAUUUGGUUGGGAUAAGGUGUUGGAGAAAGAAAGAAUCAUUGGUCUAAAACAAGGGAUACAAAGCAUUUCACUAGAACCAGGAGGCCAACUAGAGCUAAGUGGAGCACCUCUAGAGACAUUGCACCAAACUUGUGAUGAGAUCCGUUCACAUCUUCACCAGGUGAAAACUGUUGCUGAAGAAUUGGAAAUUGGUUUCUUAGGAAUUGGCUAUGAACCCAAAUCUAGUCUCGAGGAUGUAACUAUCGUGCCCAAGAGAAGGUUCGACUUUAUAACAGACCACUUCGCCAGAGCUGGCACAUCAGGACCUGACAUGAUUUUCAGAACGUGUACUGUUCAGGUCAAUCUAGACUAUAGCUCAGAAACCGAUAUGAUCAGGAAGUUUCGCGCUAGUCUAGCUUUGCAACCUAUCGCCACUGCUAUAUUCGCAAAUUCCCCUUUUAGUAAUGGAAAACCAAAUGGGUUUUUAAGCGUGAGGAGUCACAUAUAUAUAGAUUCCGAUAAGAACCGCACAGGGAUGCUACCUUUUGUUUUCGAUGACUCAUUCGGGUUUGAGCGGUAUGUCGAAUACGCACUUGAUCUUCCAAUGUUGUUCUUAAUUCGAAACGAAAGCUAUCUUGACUGUAAAGGAAUGACAUUUCGGGAUUUCAUGUCCGGGAAAAUUUCUCACCUCUCUAAUGAACAACCUACCAUUAACGACUGGGAAAUUCAUAUAGGAACAAUAUAUCCAGAGGUCCGGUUAAAGAAAUACUUGGAGAUGAGAGGUGCUGAUGGAGGUCCCUUGGGGAUGUUAUGUGCCCUACCAGCUUUCUGGGUGGGUUUGCUAUACGAUGAGGACUCUCUCCAAACUGUUCUUGAUAUGAUCGAUGAUUGGACUUCUGAAGAAAGGGAGAUGCUUAGGACUCAAGUUCCAAUCACUGGCCUAAAGACAAUGUUUAGAGAUAUUCCUUUGAGACAUGUUGCAGAAGAUCUCCUAAAGCUUGCAAAGGAUGGUUUGGAGCGUAGAGGCUACAAUGAAACCGGUUUCUUGAAUGCUGUCACCGAGGUGGUUAAAACAGGGGUUACGCCUGCAGAGAAGCUCUUGAAGUUGUACAAUGGAGAAUGGGGACAAAACAUAGAUCAUGUGUUCCAGGGACUGCGACAAAAUGGUAUUUUCCAAGGAGGGCAGGUGAUUCCAUUGGCUAAUAUGCGUCCUCUGUCACCACCCACUGCACGCAGAAUCAUAGUGAUCCCGAAUCGAGCCGUAAGUAGUUUCUUUUCCUCCAUUAGUUUCACUUCUCUUCUUGAGUUUUCUAAAAGAGAUGUCUUGAACCUCGAACAACAGGACAUUGUCAGUGUACUGGCAUAUAUUUCUAGGACCUCUCGUCAGGCAGUCUACAUCUUGUCAGGGAGGGGAUACGUUUCACAAGCCUCCUUGUUAUCGUUACCAUCCCGAGAAAACCGCAUAGGUCGUGGGAUUAUACUUUACUUGAGUGGAUGGUUCCAACCGAUGCUCACAGAUGUAGGUCUUGCUGUACAAUCUAGUCGUCCCAACGGAAUACUCCAUGUCUCCCUUUCAGGUGUUUCACAAAGUGUUGCAAUAGCAAAUCAACUUAUUGCUUUCGGAGAUGUUGAGGUCGAUGUUAUUUUUGUUUGCGGACCGGGGACAUUAUUUACCCCGGAUGCACCAGGUGCACCGAGAGAACGGGUACGAGUUAAUGCAGUACCAGUAGCACAAGCACCCGCUGAGUAAUAGAUACACCAGAAAAGUUUACCUAGAUAUGGCUUAUUACUUGCAGAAUGAUAUAAAAAAAAUAGUGUUUG